GUAUUCCAUGUGAUGAAGCUUGGUAAAGGGCAAAAUAUAACAGCUAUGGCUCUGAACAUAGACAAUACUAACCUCUUAGUUUCCACUGAAGAUAAACAGUUGAUCAUCUUCACCAGCCCAUCUAAUCAAAUUGCUUCAAAUUGAACUCGAAGGUGGUGGAUCAGACAGUGAAACUUGGAUCGGAAUAACAUUGUAUUCAAUCAAAACCUUUCGUGUACCUGAAAAGGUGAGGUAUAAGCAUGAUGAACACAUCCUUACUCUUUUUUAUGGAGAUCAAGAGGCAAGUGCGGCCAAUCAUAAUUGGUGCGAGAUAUGUGAGAGGAAAAUAAAGACAAGCCAACGGUUCUAUACGUGUGAUGAAUGUUGUGUUAUUGAAUGUUUACUUGGAAAAGACAUGCACUCAAGCUUUCGUUCAUAUUCGUCCGGUCCUAGCAAGAUUGAUAUUCUACCCAACAAUCGGAUGACUCGACCGAUAUGCUCCACAUGCCACCAACGUUGUCAACAAAAGAUGGUCUUCCAACGUUUUGGAUCCAAGCAAUGUUCCUUUAAAUGUAUGGGAAGAUAUCGUCCUAGCUAAUAAGAAUGUAUAUUAGUUUAAUGGCUAUUUUCAUCUUAAGUAUUUUUUGUAUAUUGUGGCUUGUUGGUUAUUGAGCUAUUGAUAAAAGUUAUCUAUGUUGGAGAUAUCCUUUUAUCUGUCAGUUUAUUAUAUGAACAUAACAACUGGGAUAAUAUAUAUCACAAGACACAAGACACAACAAUUGAUCGGUGUUAUACAUGGGGAUGAAGAAGACAACACUCAGUGCAGAAUAUAACAACUAUAGCUCUGAACAUAUAACAAACCUCUUAGUUUCCACUAAAGAUAGACAGUUGAUAAUCUUCACCAACUCAGAUGUAAGUUUUUGUCACCAAACAAAAGUAGAUGCUUAUUCAACAAAAGAUGGUCUUCAUUAGUUGCUACCAUUUUUAUUACUAGAUAAAAUCAAUUACAACGCUUGGAUUAGCUUUCACAUGUUUGUUUCGGAGUGUUGUGUAAAUGAUAAAAUCAGUUAGUUGCUACCAUUUUUAUUACUACAACGCUUGGAUUAGCUUACAACUUUAUUAGGUGAGCCAAAAGUUCUUGGUAUGAUACUUACAAACUAGAUGGUUACAUGGGAUAAGUACAUUAGAAACACAUACGUUGAUUAGUCUAAUCAAUAUAACUAUAAACUAACAACUUUUAUGGAUAAUGUUACUAUUCCCACACAACCGACACAAUUUUUACGUCCCAAGUUAAAUAAAACUCAUCAUUGUAAGCAGUACCAGCUACAGAAAUCACCCACAUUCUAUGGUAAAUAUUUUGCCAUUUAUGAUACUUGCUUCAUGCUUUUACAAACUUUAGCUUAUGUUUGAUGCAUGGUACCCAUCAUCUCUUUGUUUGUGGUAGACAAAGCUAACUCUAAGAAUAGCUAUAAAUAGUAGAGAAUAUAGGCAUAGAAUAAUAACAGCUUUGAUCAUUUUGAAGCAUGCUAAUAAUUCUAGAUGUUGACUUGUUACUCCAAUUUGCCAUUUAGUCUUUAGUAGUAUUAGCUUCUUCAUCAUAUUCUUUAAUAUAUUUUUUUUGGUUUCAUCUCAAGAAAAUAUCAACACAAGAAAUGAGUAAGAAUUUUUAGUGGUCCUAGUCUUUAGCCUCAUCAAUUACGUUUUUUCCUCUAUUCAUAUCACAUGAUUAUAUAAAUUUUUAUAUAGGAACUAUUGAUAUAUACAGAGGUCUCUUAGGAAUCAAGGUUCUUAUCUCUUAAAAUUCUGGCCCCAAUUAUGAGAAAAGAUGCCAAUGUGCUGCCGCCAGGGAUCAGAGACCUCGACCUUGGCAUGGGUUUGGUAGGAAGUUAAAAGAGUGUUUUUAUAUAAUUCUGUUUUUACAUUAGAAACAUCAAUCAAUUACAUAGAUACUAUUGGUAAAUUAAAAUUACUAUAAAUAGUUAGGUGUUUGAGAUUAUUUUUGGUCCUGCUAAUCAGUCUAAAAAGACAAAUAAUGAGGUCUUCAAAUUGUUUAAUAUAUUUGGCUUUAAUCAUAGUGAAGUAUUUUUGGCCAAGCAAUUGAUAAUCACUUAGACAAAUAGACCAAUAAAUUAAUAAAAUUUUAUUCUAAUUGAUUUAAUGUAUUAUAUAAAAACCGAAUAAAUCAAAAUUUACUGAAAUCUUAUAUGUUUAGUGUUAUAUAUAUAUAUAUAUAUAUAUACAUUCAGAAUGUAUAAAAUGUGUUAUUAAAUAAAAUUAUAUAUAUAUAUAAUUUUAAAUGUUAACUAUUCAAAAUUUCAAAUUAAGACAAAAUAAAAUGAAAAAUUAUAAACUUGACGAAAUAAAAUUAUUUCUUGUAAUUUUAAAUUUUAAAUAAUGAAUAAAAUUGAAGUUCGAAAGUACGAACUCAAAUCAAAUUAUAAAUAUUUUUUAUUUAUAAAUAAAAUAAUAUUAUUUGAGCAUAAAAUCACCUAAUAUAACUAAAACAAGAAAGAAAGAAAAAUCAAAUUCUAGUACAUACUUUUGUUACCUUUCUCUUGUCUGUUACAAUACAAGUAAACAAUAUGUGUGAAACUGAAUGACUUGGCUAUCGUUAUGGUCUAUUUAGUAUGUACCUCAACUGUUAGAGGAACCUCACUGGUAAAGUCUCCUCUAUGAGUAUUAUCAUUUUGCGGAAUAAGACGAGAAGAAGAUGUGUCUGAGAUCUUCAGAAUCAUUCCCAGACACACGCAAGAUGACAUCAGCUUCGCGCCACAACAAACGCAAACCUAAGACACAAACCCAUCUCCGUGUCCUUAGUCUCUCCAGGAGGAGAAGAAUGCUGAGGGCAGAGAAGGAGAUGGAGAUGGAGAUGAGAAACAUGAAGCUCUUUCUAGAGAAUCAAAGCAUUAGACGAGAGAACGAAGCUCUAAAGAAGAAAGCACUUCUUCUCCACCAAGAAAACAAUGCUCUCUUCUCUCUGCUUCAUCCAUAACUCUCCCCUGUUUCAUCCUUCCCUUAAGUGAUCUUCAUGAAACAUGUUUCUUUAUUACUUUUUUUCUCUCGUCUUAUCUACUAAAAUAAAGAAACCUCAGGCUUUGGACCCAAGUUCCAGCCUAAUUUCAUAUAUGCACUAAGUAUUAAUAUAUAUUAUAUAUCCAUGAUCAUCAUGUUCUUUUA